AGUCUCCACUGUGUCGAGAUCGAAGACGAGAUAUUAAAUGUGGCGAGUAACCUCCGCUCAGGCGAAGAAAAUCAUGAAUUUUCCCAAGAAAAUUGUGUUGGAUGAAGAAGAUCCUUACAAUAUUGGAGGUUAUAGCAGCUCAGACGAUGGCGGAAACGAGAGCUCUGAUGACGAGUUUGUCACAGAGGGAUUAUUAAAAGAUCAAAAGCAAGAAAUAGGAAGCAGCAGCGAGGAUGAGUUUGAGAAGGAAAUGGAUCUUGAGCUGGAAAGUGUGAUAAAAAGUUAUACAGGAGAUCAUGAGGAUCAAGGUAAUCAGAAUGCAAACAUUACUGCAGGGAAAAGUGUAAAUGAUGCAACUUCAAGCAAUAACAACACUCAAGAUGGUGAUGCUGCUGAAGACAACAAUACCAUGUAUGCCGAAGACUACUUCAGUUCAGGUUCAGAUGAUGAACACCGGGUUGGUGGACAGCCUUCAAAAUCCAAGGAAAGGAGGAAAAUGUUAACCAAUGAUGAAUUGUUGUACGAUCCAGACAUGGAUGAUGAAGAUGAACAAUGGGUGAUUAGACAAAGACAGGACCACAGACAGAGAAUACAGCAAAGAAUAAACACAGUCAGAAGUACAGAGGAAAACCAAGAGGAAAACCAAGAGGAAUCUUCAGCAAGUAAAAAGAAAACUAAAAAGUCCAAACAGAAUGUGGAAAAAGUUCCUUCAAGUGAUGCUAUACUGUCUUGUCCAGCAUGUAUGACAACACUAUGCAUUGACUGUCAGAGACAUGACAUGUACAAAAACCAAUACAGAGCUAUGUUUGUUAUGAACUGUAAAGUUGUUAAAGAUGAAAUUCUAAGAUAUGAGCCAUCUCAACAACAAAAACCAGGGAAGAAGCGAAAGAAAGCUCAGAAGGGAAAACUUGUUCAACUCACUAAAGACAGUGCAACCUCAGCUGACAGUUCCUUGUCAGAAUGUUAUCACCCUGUGGCUUGUACAGAAUGCAACACAGAAAUAGCUGUGUAUGAUGGUGAUGAGGUUUAUCACUUUUUCAAUGUUUUGGCAAGCCAUGCUUAAUUAAAGAUAGAUCAUAAUAAAUUAUUUGUUUUGUGACCAGGA